CAUCUGCUCCGCGCGGCCGCCAUGACCUUCGCGCAGAGCUUGGCCCGAAAAGCCGAUGACUUCGAGAAGAAGUUGGAGGCCCAGGAAGCGCUGGAGAUACAAGCCUGGGCCGCAGAAAUGCUGGAUCGCAUCAAGGAGCGCUGCAUUCGCGCCAGUGCGCAGGGCCACUACGACUACAGCUGCGUGACCACCGUGUGUGAGGAAGCACGGAAAGGAAACCGUGGCCUGGCGAAGAAGCUGUUGGAUCAACAUCUGCGUGGUUUGGGUUUCAACCGAGUAAGCGUGGCCGCAGCAAGUCCUGCGGACAUCAGCCAUUUGAGACCUGGAGAGGUGUGUUUCCGCACUGAAGUCUCGUGGAAGUUGGUUUCGCGAAUUGCGAUAUCGACCACGGCAGAACCCGCAGCGAAGCGCUUGAAAGGCUACCUUGGGAGGUGCCAACUUUGCGAAGAGAACCGCUCCAUGAUCGCCUUAGCACCCUGCGGACACGUUUUAUGUGGGGAGUGCAGGCAGAAGCAGGCUCGGAGGGACCAGAAGUGCCCCUUUUGUCGCCAAGUGGUAGUCUGUGUGACGGAGGGUUUGUUCCUGAGCUGACGAAAAAAAUGGCUGGUGGUUUUCAACUUGG